AUGCUACGAGCGAAGUUCUCCACUUUUUUGAGUGACGUGUGCAGUACUGUCGGUUGUUUUUUUCAAGCGAUUUACACUCCAACCGAAUCCGAUAAACAACUCUUUCUCUUUUUGAAACAAAUCUACUGUAGCUUCGAUUUCUCCAAUUACUUCUUGUUUCUGGAAAAUGUAAGGAGGUUCUGUGCGACGUCCAGUGGUGGAAAGAACGACGGAAACGACCACAGGAAAAGGCAGCAAUCCACUGCUACACAAGCUCGCAUGAGCAGUUUUACUCAACCUACGACCGGCAACAAACCAAGCUCUAGCCACAGCAUUUCCACCGGAGACGAGAAGACCCGCAACCACUUGCUAGUACACCAACAAGGAGAUCUUCGGGAGCAAUUCAACAGACCGUUUACGAAAAAUCCUUCCAGUAAAGAACAGCUCCUGCUCUCCUGCCCCGACUCCCCGGAAACCGACGAAUCCGUGAGCAUCAUGGCGGAUAACACACCCAAAACUCCCACCCAGGCCUGGACGGCCCCACCGAAAACAAUAUCUCGUGCAAAAGUAUCGUACUCGUAUUAGUUGCACACAUGCAUGACAAAUCUCUUUCCUAAGGCAAAAUAGCAUUACAAAUUUCAUUUGUUAUGCUGAGCUAAUUUGUCAUGCGAUUUAUACGAGUACGAUACUUUUGCAAUGCAUAAACAAGUGCCGGAAAGAAUAUUGAACCGAGUUCCGCGGCAAGCUCUAACAUCGUCUACAAUGACGAACGAUAUUCGCCGAACGCCACGACAAACAACAACCAAAAAUCGUCCCAGAAAUCAACCCCCUCCGGCUAUGGGAAUGAUGACAUGAUCCGCUCCUCUAGUUCUGUCCGCUACCGACAGGGCGGGCACCCGAGGUUGUUCGAAAACAUUGGGAGGACGCAUGGACAAUCGGUCGAUGGGUUGUUAACGGAUUUUUACCAAAUAACGAUGGCCUAUGCGUAUUGGAAAGCGGGGAAGCACGAACAAAGGGCGGUUUUUGACGCCUAUUUCCGCAAGUGCCCGUUCAAGGGGGAGUACUGCAUUUGCGCAGGUAUAAUUUUUGUGGUUGAUAAGAUAAUUGAAAUUUGUCUUGCAGUCGUGUGUCCAGGAGAGAUGCAGUUUGUCAUGCUAAUACUUGAGUACAAACAAAUGAAAAGGUAUCAACGAGACCGUCCGCUUCCUGAACACUUUCGGCUACAGCGACAAGCAAAUUGACUACCUGAAAAUCCAAAUGCCCACGGCGCAACCGGAGUUCUUCGACUAUUUAGCACAGCUCGACGCCUCGGAAUUGACGGUGAUGGGGAUGCGAGAAGGGGAAAUCGUGUUCCCGAACCAACCUUUAUUAAGGUUAGAAGGGCCAUUAAUCGUCUGCCAACUGCUGGAAACGACUGUUUUGAACCUUCUCAACUACCCUUCCCUAAUCGCCACCAACGCGGCCCGGUACUAUCAAAGGCAAAUAUGUCUGGGUCUGGAAGACUGCAAGUUUGUCAUGCUUGUCUGGCAUGACUCUCAAAUCUGUGUUGCGUGAGCACGAAGAGGCUCUCUUGCAUGUCGUGCAAAAACGCAGUUUGUCAUGCGGAAUACGCAACACCUAGCAGCCCAAAAAGUUGUCAUGCUUGGCUGCGUAUUGCAUUGCGAAUAUCAUUCAUUUUUAGCAUUACAAGUUUCGAGACCCAGACAUAUUUGCAGUCCAUAGGUACCGGCAGGCGGCCACUUCUGGUGUCACGGCGAGUCAAGCGUAUGCAAUGCAAAAGUAUCGUACUUUAGUAUAAACCGCAUUACAAAUUUCCUUAGCAUGAGAAAUGAAAUUUGUAGUGCGGAUUUACCACAAGAAAAAGAUUUGUAAUGCAUGACUGCAAUUGCUACGAGUGCGAUACUUUUGCAAUGCAUAAAGUGGGGCAGACGCCAAGUGCGCGGGCUUCCAUGAGCCAAAGAUCGCCGAACGAGCGGGUGAAUACGUCAAAUGCACCGAUGGGGAACGCGCCGGUGUUGAUCGAGAUGGGUUGUCGCCGGGCGCAAGGGCCGGACGGGGCUUUGUCCGCCGCACGAUACAGCUAUUUGGGCGGGUUUGACGCGACAUCAAAUGUGAAGGCGGGACACGUUUUUGACGUGCCGAUUAAGGGGACCCACGCGCACGCGUUUGUGACGUCGUUUAACAGUUUAGACGAAGUGAAGAGGAUAAACUGCGGAAAAUUGGGGGACAAGUUUGUCAGCGAUGUGCUCAGCUACAGACCAAAGGUACUUACAACAACUCUAUGCGAUUUUGCUUACAUGUAGUUGUUGAAUUGAGCACAGGUUUUUGCACCGUUACUUCUAUACGUUGAAUUAGCUUUCAGCAAUAGCUGGGAGCUUCUACUGGUGAGGACGACAACACUCUUCUCUUUUAUCUACACGCUCUAUCUUUACAUUUAAAACACAAAACAGAUCGCACCGCAGUCGAACGAUGGCGAGUUAGCGGCUUUUGUCAGUUACGCAACGUCCUUUCCAGACACUUUUCUCGCUUUGGUCGACACCUACGACACUCUGAUUUCGGGCAUCCCAAAUUUCCUCUGCGUCGCAUUGGCGUUAUUGGACCGGGGGCAUAAAUAUGCAUUGCAAAAAUGUCUGCGUCUGGAAGAUUGCAACUUGUCAUGCUAAAUCCGAAUCAUGCAAAAAUCUGUGUUGCAUGAGUGCCAAAAGCUUUUCACUUUUGACCUAAUCGAGAGGCAGUUUCUCAUGCAGGAUAGGCAUGAUAGAGGUCGCACGAAAUCUGUUAUGCUAGGUCGUGUAUGACAGACCUCGCGCGUCAUGGAAAACCUGCAUGACAAGUCUUGCAACCUUCCAGACCCAGACAUUUUUACAUUUGAUAAUAAACCAGUUGGUGUCCGGUUGGACAGCGGCGAUCUGGCUUACUUGAGUACUGUUUGCGAUAUAUUUGAGACUUCUUUGUCAUGCUAGAUUUGAAAAAGGGAACACGAGAUGAUGAAACUUGUCAUGCAGGAAAGGCACUCGACGAAAAUAUAAAUAGGUACUUAAAUUUCAUUAUAUCAGGUAAAGAAGCGAAGGAAAUGUUUCGCGAGUGCUCGGAUGGCCCGCAUUGCAAAACCGUCGAAGUCCAAGAAGCAUUACUAACUUUGAAGGUCUGCGCAUCAAAUGAUAUCAACGAAGUGACACUUCAAUCCCUAAACGAGCAGGGGCACGGGAUUGAUAUCUACGGAAUCGGAACAAACCUUGUUACCUGCCAAGCGCAACCGGCGUUGGGAAUGGUAUCGAAUGUUGUGAUGAAGCAUGACAAAAAAUGUAGUCGAUGUUCUGCAUCUUUAUAUGAGGUGGAUUUUGUAAUGCAACUCUUGAUGUUCUUUCAUCGAUCGUCCAGGUCCUUGUGGUGUCAGAAUCACCUUGUUUGAAAGGUCGUUCUGCAAUACAAAUUUCCUCCACGACUUUCCAGGUCUACAAGCUCGUGGAACUGGACGGCGAUCCGCGAAUGAAGCUUUCCCAGGAGUUUAGCAAAGUGUCCGUCCCGAGUAAGAAAAAGGUGUACCGACUGUACAACAGUAAAGAGGAGCCGCUGAUUAUCGUACGAAAAAAGUGUUACAGUUACACAUUUGUUGGCAAAAAUUCAGCAACACAAAUUUCUCUGCAUGAAAGAAAAAACUUGUAAUGCGCGGACUACAAGGGAAAGCACGAAUGAAAUGAGACUGGCAAGCAUUUCCUACAUGACAGAGGUUGUCUGUCUUGCUUGUCUUCCAUUAGAGUGUGUAACUGUAAGACUUUUUUCUCAGGAUACUGAUCGACCUGAUGCAGCGCGAGUCCGAGGCCCCACCCAAAGCUGGGGACCGGAUUUUCUGUCGGCAUUUGUUCGAGGAGACAAAGCGGUGCUACGUGACACCCACCCGGGUGGAGGAGUUGUUGCACGAAGUGUGGGGAAGAACCCCCUGCGUGCCAAUGACGUUGGACGAAGCGAGGGAAUUUUCGAUGAACCGAUUAGCCAGGUUUAGACCGGACAUCUUGCGGCCGCUGAACCCCACGCAGUACAAGUUAGCGGUGUCGGACCCGUUUUUCGGGUUUUUCAAGCAGAUGUGGCAGAAGUCCGCGCCGAUCAAGGAGCUGACGUGACUUUAGUAGAGUGGGGCUCUCUUGAAUUUGGUGGUGUCGCGCAGGCAGGUGUAGAGCGGAAAGUUGAAAUUUUAAGUCGAAGUGUAGUAGCUACCGUUCUUUCAACAUCUAGUGCCUAUUGCUUUCACCUCCGACGUAACGCUGUGACUUUUACUGAAAUUUUUACAAACGCAAGCGAGCAAGGCAGCGCGCUGAGGACGGGCGUGCACCUGCUCCUUCUUCUAGUAGAGAAAGAAACAAAGUAUUCAACAACCAGUACAAGUCUAUAUGAAUGAAAGAGAAAGACCUAUGUUGCUAACGCAGUAGAAAAAAGUGACGUGAUUACAGUAAGGUAGUUUCACCUCGGCUUUUUCCUGCAUUUAUUUCGCGCAAACAAUUCGACAGCACACGCUAGCAGCUGUCCUCAUACUUACACUUACACUUACUCCACCUGAAAAUGCUUUAUGGAUUCUUCUCGGCUUCCAUAUUCUACAACGGAGGUAGAAAGCUCCAUUUUGCAGAAUCCGAAUUCAUCUUGAUGAACCUAUUCACAAAAUGAGCACCGUGAUUUCUUCUGUUCUUGAAAAAAAUCAAAAUGAUCUUCAUAAGCGGAAGACGAAUAGAAGGAAAAGAAC